UCCGCUUUCCCUCUGAUUGCAUCAGUUCCCUGUCAUCAGUUCGUCAAAGUUGGCAGCCGGAGAAAGAAAGACAUUGAUCAUGGUGGAGCCUGUUCCUGAAUCAAUCCACUUCCCUUCUGAGGAGAAGAGGAUCCUGCAGCUGUGGAAGGACAAGGACUGCUUCCAGGAGUGUCUCAAACAGUCCAAGAACAGGCCCAAGUACACGUUCUACGACGGGCCGCCGUUCGCCACAGGUCUCCCCCACUACGGUCACAUCCUGGCAGGGACCAUCAAAGACAUUGUGACUCGCUUCGCCCACCAGAGCGGCUUCCACGUGGACCGCCGGUUCGGCUGGGACUGUCACGGCCUGCCUGUGGAGUAUGAGAUUGAUAAGACCCUGGACAUCAAGGGACCGGACGAUGUGGCCAAGAUGGGGAUUGCUGAGUACAACCGGCAAUGCAGGAUGAUCGUCAUGAGAUACGCUAACGAAUGGGAGAACUCUGUAACCAGGAUGGGACGGUGGAUUGACUUUAAGAACGACUACAAGACUCUGUACCCCUGGUUCAUGGAGACUGUCUGGUGGGUGUUCAGGCAGCUGUAUGAUAAAGGUCUGGUGUACCGCGGGGUGAAGGUCAUGCCCUUCUCUACUGCCUGUAACACGCCGCUGUCCAACUUCGAGUCGAACCAGAACUACAAGGAUGUGCAAGAUCCGUCGGUGAUAGUGAACUUCCCCCUUCUGGAAGAUGAGAACGUGUGUCUGAUCGCCUGGACAACCACCCCCUGGACUCUGCCGAGCAACCUGGCUCUCUGCGUCAACUCAGAGUUGCAGUAUGUCAAGGUCAAAGACAACAGCACUGGGAAGGUGUACAUUAUGAUGGAGGCCAGGCUGGUAGCACUCUUCAAGACCGAGGAGGAAUACACCAUCAUGGACAAGUUCCCUGGGAAGACGCUGAAGGGGAAGAAAUACAAGCCGCUGUUCGACUAUUUCAGGAAGUGCGGGGAGACGGGGGCCUUCCAGGUGGUGAUGGACAGUUAUGUCAGAGAGGAGGAGGGGACAGGAGUCGUCCACCAGGCGCCAUACUUUGGAUCUGAUGAUUACCGUGUGUGUAUGGAGAACAACAUCUGCCAGAGAGACCAGGCUCCCGUCUGUCCUGUCGACUCCUCUGGGUGCUUCACUGAUGAAGUCACUGACUUUGUGGGACAGUAUGUCAAGGACGCUGACAAGAACAUCAUCAAAUGGCUGAAGGAACGAGGUCGUCUGGUCAACAGCGGCUCUUUCAAGCACAGCUACCCUUUCUGUUGGAGAUCUGACACUCCUCUGAUCUACAAGGCUGUUCCCAGCUGGUUUAUUCGGGUCGAACACAUGGUGGAGAAGCUGCUGGAAAACAAUGACAAAUGCUACUGGGUUCCUGAGUUUGUGCGGGAGCGUCGUUUUGGUAACUGGCUGAGGGAUGCGCGUGAUUGGGCCGUUUCCAGGAACCGCUAUUGGGGCACGCCCAUCCCCCUCUGGUGCAGCGACGACUUUGAGGAGGUGGUGUGUGUAGGAUCCAUGGCUGAGCUGGAGGAGUUGACAGGAGUGAAAGUAACUGAUCUGCAUCGGGAGAGCAUUGACCAGUUGACUAUCCCGUCCCGCUGUGGUAAAGGCGUGUUGCGCAGGGUCACUGAGGUGUUUGACUGCUGGUUUGAGUCGGGCAGCAUGCCCUACGCCCAGGCCCACUACCCCUUUGAGAACAGGAAGGAGUUUGAAGACACCUUCCCCGCUGACUUCAUUGCUGAGGGCAUCGACCAGACCAGAGGAUGGUUCUACACCCUCCUGGUGUUGUCCACCGCUCUGUUUGGAAAACCACCGUUCAAGAACGUCAUCGUCAACGGACUGGUGCUGGCCAGCGAUGGACAGAAGAUGAGUAAACGCAAGAAGAACUACCCUGAUCCAGGUCUGGUUGUGGAGAACUAUGGAGCCGAUGCCCUGAGGCUCUACCUAAUCAACUCCCCGGUAGUGAGAGCUGAGAACCUGCGUUUCAAAGAGGAAGGCGUCAGAGAUGUUCUGAAGGAUGUGUUCCUCCCCUGGUACAACGCAUACCGCUUCCUGGUCCAGAACGUCCAGCGUCUCCACAAGGAGGAAGGCAUCAGCUUCCUGUACAACGAGGCCACAGCGAAGCGCAGUGACAACAUCAUGGACAAAUGGAUCCAGUCCUUCACCCAGUCUCUCAUCCAGUUCUUCAAAGCUGAGAUGGAUGCUUACAGGCUGUACACGGUGGUGCCAAAGCUUGUCAAGUUUGUGGACAUGCUGACCAACUGGUACGUGAGGACCAACCGUAGGCGUUUCAAGGGAGAGAGUGGAACAGAGGACUGUCUGGGGGCCCUGGAGAAUCUCUUCAGUGUUCUGUUCUCCAUGUGCAGACUGAUGGCUCCCUUCACCCCGUUUAUUACAGAGAUGAUGUACCAGAACCUGCGUCACCUGAUCGACCCCGCCUCUGUAGAGGAGAAGGACUCCAGUAGCAUCCACUACCUCAUGCUGCCUCUAGUCAGGGAGUCGUUGAUUGACAAGCGUAUAGAAAGUGCAGUGUGUCAGAUGCAGUCUGUCAUUGAGCUUGGACGAGUCAUCAGAGACCGCAGGACUCUGCCCGUUAAGUAUCCCUUAAAGGAGGUGGUAGUGAUCCACCAAGAUCCAGAAGCUCUGAGAGACAUCACCUCCCUGCAGAAAUACAUCCUGGAGGAGUUGAAUGUCCGCCAGUUGACCUUGUCCACGGACAAAGACAAGUACGGCAUCAGCCUGCGGGCUGAACCGGACCACAUGGUGCUGGGAAAGAGGCUGAAAGGAGCCUUCAAAUCCAUUACGGCUUCCAUUAAAGAACUGAAGAGCGAACAGCUGGAGACCUUCCAGAAGACUGGCUCCAUCGUGGUGGACGGUCAGGAGCUUCAUGAGGAAGACCUGAGGUUGAUGUACAGCUUCAACCAGACCUCUGGCUCAGCGACGCAGUACGAGGCCCAUUCUGACUCACAGGUGCUGGUGCUGUUGGACGUCACUCCAGACCAGUCCAUGCUGGAUGAGGGUGUGGCUCGUGAGGUCAUCAACCGCAUCCAGAAACUACGCAAAAAGGGUCACCUGGUGCCGUCUGACGAGAUCACAGUGUACUACAGCUGUGAGCCGGCAGGUGAUUACCUGGACAGUGUGAUCCAGGCCCACACAGACUUCAUCCUUGCAACCACCAAGGCACCACUCAAGACCUACCCAGUUCCCAAGGACUCCAGCGUCAUCGUGCAGGAGAAAACACAGUUGAAGGGUUCGGACCUGGACCUGACCAUAGUGAAGGGAGCAGCCGCCCCUCGAGCUCCUCUGAUUGGACCAGCCUGUGCCUACGUCAACCUCCAACUCAACAACAAGGAACAAGAGGGUGUGGUUCUCCUGGAGAACCCUAAAGGAGAUAUCUGUCUGGACAUGGCCAAGCUGAGACAGGUCUGUUCCAGUCUCUUUGGUCUCAACAACACCAAGCUCUGUGUUUUCAACGGCAAGACUGAGUUGACUGGUAAGUGUGAUCUGCUGUCUCUGAAUGGGAAAACCCUGUCGGUGACAUCAGGCUCCAAUCCCAGUGGUGACUCUCCCACCUCCGACUCUCUGGUGUGUCCCUACGUCAACCUCCAACUGGCCAACUGUCAGCCUGCUGAGUGUCAGAGGGGAGAUGUGGGGACCCUGCUACUGGUCAAUCCUGUUGGACACGACUACCUGACCCACAAUGCUUUGCUGUCUGAGACGGCUAAGUUGUUCGGCCUCCGCAGCCGUAGGCUAAAGCUCUACCUGGACGAUGCGCUCACCCAAGAAAUCCCAGCGGAUUGGUCAAUGAAGACGCUGGACAGGAAGACUCUGUACGUUGGAGUUCUGCCCACCACUGCAGAGGCAUAGGACCGGGAACAGCCACACUGUAGAAGAGGGAGGAACAGCCACACUGUAGAAGAGGGAGGAACAGCCACACUGUAGAAGAGGGGGGCUAUGUCCCAAAUGGCAUCCUAUUCCAUACAUAAAUGACUUAAAUGUAAAUGUAAAAUACAUAGUGCACUACUGUUGACCAGGGCCCAAUGGCGCUCUGAGCAAAGCCAGUGCACUACUGUUGACCAGGGCCCAAUGGCGCUCUGAGCAAAGCUAGUGCACUACUGUUGACCAGGGCCCAAUGCCACUCUGAGCAAAGCCAGUGCACUACUGUUGACCAGGGCCCAAUGCCGCUCUGAACAAAGCUAGUGCACUACUGUUGACCAGGGCCCAAUGCCGCUCUGAGCAAAGCCAGUGCACUACUGUUGACCAGGGCCCAAUGCCGCUCUGAACAAAGCUAGUGCACUACUGUUGACCAGGGCCCAAUGCCGCUCUGAGCAAAGCUAGUGCCCUACUGUUGACCAGGGCCCAAUGCCGCUCUGAGCAAAGCCAGUGCACUACUGUUGACCAGGGCCCAAUGCCGCUCUGAGCAAAGCUAGUGCACUACUGUUGACCAGGGCCCAAUGGCGCUCUGAGCAAAGCCAGUGCACUACUGUUGACCAGGGCCCAAUGCCGCUCUGAGCAAAGCCAGUGCACUACUGUUGACCAGGGCCCAAUGGCGCUCUGAGCAAAGCCAGUGCACUACUGUUGACCAGGGCCCAAUGCCGCUCUGAGCAAAGCCAGUGCACUACUGUUGACCAGGGCCCAAUGCCGCUCUGAGCAAAGCCAGUGCACUACUGUUGACCAGGGCCCAAUGCCGCUCUGAGCAAAGCCAGUGCACUACUGUUGACCAGGGCCCAAUGCCGCUCUGAGCAAAGCUAGUGCACUAUAGAAGAACAGGGUGCCAUUUCAGAAACAGCCAGAGAGCACAUCUGGCUCCAAACUUCAAUGAAAACCCAACAUUUACAUAGUAAAGUGUUUCUGCUGCCCCGUAUACCCCCGUAAACUCCUUCUCUAUCCGAUUUAUCCUGUCCGAUCUCCAGUGACUAUCCUAUGGGUUAUAACACGAGUUUAUUAGUUAACCUCAACCUGCUCUGUACCAAAAUAGUGUUGACAAAAUCAGCUAUGUAUGCAGACAGUACAGUGGAUUAUUCUGUGGGUUAGAAAUAACAUUCAGUAUUGUCUACCUUCUUUUUAAGUGUCUGUCGUAAACAAACGUUUCGAGAACAAGAAUAAAGGAGAAAACUGAUAUUUUUGGUGAAAUAAAGGAACAAUGGAAUAAAAGUGGAACCACAAUGGAGAAAUUACAAA